AUGGCCAUUCUUCAAUGCACCCCCUUUCCAUUUCUUUCCCUCAGAAGAACCAGUCUCAAUUCCUGCAAGUCCACGUUAACCUCAGCACUCACAAACCCAACAACAACAACAACAACAAAUCCGUUGUUCCUGGCGAUGAACACGUUUGCCAAGUCCGAAUCAGUGUCGUCCUCCUCAGCCUCUUCCUCAUCAACGUACGAGGUGCCCGAGCAAGAUGCUAACGAUAUGGACCGUGUAGCAGACAACACGUUUCGAAGGUACACGUGGAACACCAAGAGGAGUGGCAAAGGAACGGCCAUUAUGUGGUUCAGGAAUGAUCUCAGAGUUUUGGACAAUGAGGCUCUCUAUAAAGCAUGGCUUUCCUCCGAAACCGUGUUACCUGUCUACUGCGUUGACCCUCGACUCUUUGCCACUACCUAUCAUUUCGGUUUUCCCAAAACCGGUGCAUUGAGAGCGCAAUUUAUCCUUGAGUGCUUGGUUGACUUGAGGAAUAAUUUGAUGAAGAAAGGACUUAAUUUGCUUGUACAACAUGGGAAGCCUGAGGAUAUUCUUCCUUCUCUCGCAAAAGCAUUUCAAGCUCAUAUAGUGUAUGCUCAGAAAGAAACAUGCAGUGAGGAGCUGAAUGUGGAAAGGUUAGUCAUCAGAGGUCUUGAACAAGUUGUGACAUCACCAGAAGAAUCCAGUAGUGUCACAGUUUCAAACAAUAUCACUAAGUUGCAAUUAGUUUGGGGUUCUACCAUGUACCACCUUGAUGAUCUCCCUUUUGAUGCCACUUCUUUGCCAGAUGUGUAUACUCAAUUUCGCAAGAUUGUUGAAGCCAAAUGUAGCAUACGCUCAUGCAUCAAACUACCAGCAUCUCUUGGACCACCUCCCUUAGUUGAGGACUGGGGAUGCCUUCCAUCAUUAGAGCAGCUUGGACUUUGCUCACAAAAUGUCAUCAAGGGGAUGAAGUUUGUGGGGGGUGAAACAGCGGCAUUAAGCAGAGUAUAUGAAUACUUCUGGAAGAAGGAUUUGCUGAAGGUUUAUAAAGAGACCAGGAAUGGGAUGUUAGGGCCUGAUUAUUCUACCAAAUUCUCACCAUGGCUUGCCUCAGGAAGUUUGUCUCCUCGUUUCAUAUAUGAAGAGGUGAAGAGAUAUGAGAACGAAAGACUAGCAAAUAGUUCUACCUACUGGGUUUUGUUCGAGUUGAUAUGGAGGGAUUACUUUAGGUUUUUGUCAGUGAAAUAUGGGAAUUCGAUUUUCCAUCUAGGUGGCCCCAGGAAAGUUCAUCGCUCCUGGAGCCAAGACAAAAAUUUGUUUGAAUCCUGGAGAGAUGGUUGUACCGGGUAUCCUCUCAUAGAUGCCAACAUGAAAGAACUAUCGACUACAGGGUUUAUGUCUAAUCGAGGACGGCAGAUUGUAUGUUCCUUUCUUGUUCGUGACAUGGGCAUAGAUUGGCGCAUGGGAGCAGAAUGGUUUGAGACAUGUCUUUUGGAUUAUGAUCCAUGUUCUAAUUAUGGAAACUGGACUUACGGAUCAGGAGUUGGGAACGAUCCGAGAGAAGAUCGGUAUUUCAGCAUCCCAAAACAGGCACAAACAUAUGACCCUGAAGGUGAAUAUGUUGCAUACUGGUUGCCACAGUUGCGAAAAAUCCCAAAGGAGAAAAGGAACUUCCCUGGAAAUAUGUACAUUCCUCAAAUUGUGCCUCUCAAGUUUGGAACAGCUAGUGGAAACAUUAAGGACAAGUCUCUUGGUUCAAGAAGAACCAACGAUAGAGGAAAUGAAAGAUGGAACAGGAGAUAA